CCUCUCUCUCUCUCUCUCUCUCUCUCUCUCUUUUAGAUCCGAUACGAUGCCGUCCCGUAGGCGUACCCUCCUCAAAGUCAUCAUCCUCGGCGAUAGCGGGGUGGGGAAAACAUCUUUGAUGAAUCAAUAUGUUAAUAAAAAGUUCAGCAACCAGUACAAGGCCACCAUUGGAGCUGACUUCUUGACUAAGGAAGUCCAGUUUGAAGAUCGUCUUUUCACUUUACAGAUCUGGGAUACAGCUGGACAGGAAAGGUUUCAGAGCCUUGGUGUAGCUUUUUACCGGGGUGCUGAUUGCUGUGUUCUUGUGUAUGAUGUCAACUCCAUGAAAUCAUUUGACAAUCUCAACAACUGGAGAGAAGAGUUUCUGAUCCAGGCGAGUCCAUCGGAUCCAGAGAAUUUUCCGUUUGUUCUUAUCGGAAACAAGGUCGACGUGGAUGGUGGAAACAGCAGAGUGGUUUCAGAGAAGAAGGCUAAAGCUUGGUGUGCUUCAAAGGGAAACAUUCCCUACUUUGAGACUUCUGCGAAGGAAGGCACCAAUGUGGAGGAAGCUUUCCAAUGCAUUGCCAAGAACGCGCUGAAGAGCGGAGAAGAGGAAGAGCUAUACUUGCCAGACACAAUCGAUGUUGGGACAAGCAACCAACAGAGGUCUACAGGGUGCGAAUGCUAAGGAGAGUAUCUCUCCCGGAAGAAUAUGCUUUUGAGUUUAAACAAUGGUGGAACGUGUCUCUCCUCCCAUCACAUAUCUCUUUCUUCACCAGUUAUCCCUAAACUUUAUUUACAUUACAUGCUGUAAAUUUGUUCUUUUGUGGGCUUAACGAACCCUUCAAAAUGAUUUGACUUGUCUAGCAAGUAUUUGUUGUUUUAUUUAAAAAAAAAACAUAUUUCCUAUAAAA